AAAACGAAAAAGAAAUCGUUGUGUCGUGUGUUGAUGCAGAAGAAAACGAAAGUUGGCUGUUUGUCAACAAAUUCGGAAGAAUUUUUCCACAAGAAAUCUAUGUGUGAAGAAGGAAAACUUGAGGAAAGGAAAGGUAGUCCAGUGAAAGUUAUUACGCCGAGGGACUCGGGUGACUCAUUGGAAAACUUCCAGACGAAGGCGAAAUUACAAAAGAAUUAUCAGUGUUCUGAAUCCUUGAGUGAUUUAAAUAACAGCACAAAAGUGGCACUGUGUUGUGCAAUGACAGAGCGUUCCAGAUCAUCAAGCAGCAACCAGCGGUCUGAUUAUCAGUGUGUUGCCGAAGAUAAAUCAAGUAUAAAAGCCGUCGCUCAGUUGGGGACAUCGGCUGAAGAAAAUACUACCAAAAAAGCCUUCAGCGACAAGAAGUCGGCGUCGUUGGAGGAAACCUUUAGUAUAAAUUCCGACAUUGCGAGUAAUAGAAAGCAAAAUGAAUCAAGUUCUGGAGAUAGAGAAGAAACGUCAUCUGUGCAUCACGAGUUGUCCCUAUCACCAUCGGCAAGCGAAAUUUCUUCUUGUGAAUCUUGCUCACCCAAAAAUUCUGUUUCACAAGCCCGCCUGAGAAGGCAACUACUCUCUCAGAGGAGAUCGGCAGAUAACCUUGUAUCUUGUGUGGCACAACAUUCCUCUCCUGUUUCGAACAGGAGUGCACCAGAACAGCGUCGUUUUAAAAAGAGAUCAUCGUCACAUGACGCUGCAGCAGUUCAGGAUGAUGACAAAAAAGAGAAGGCAGUUCUUACGGUAAAUAAUGAGAAUUCUGUGUCUGGAAAUUCAUCUUCCACAAGAGGACAGAAAUUUGUGGCUUCAAUGGAUAGUUUGGCCAGGAAUUCCUUACUUGCAGCACAAGUUCUGCAUUUGAUACCAACAAUCAAAGCUAGGGAAAGGAACUUUUUACAUGGCCGUAUUGCCGCCAAUUCACUUCUUGGAUCAGUGGAACUGGAACGCACACUGCCCCACCGUGAACUGCGGAUCUUUGUGGGAACAUGGAAUAUGAAUGGACAGCCUCCUCCACAUGAACUUAAUGACUUCAUGCUCCCAGCAACUUUAGAACAUGUCCCAGAUGUUGUUGCAAUUGGCACUCAAGAGAGCUAUUCGGAGAGGUUUGAGUGGGAAGUGAGUCUACAGGAAACGCUUGGACCUUCACAUCUCCUGCUCCAUUCGGCAGCACUAGGGACACUGCAUCUUGCUGUGUUUAUACGGCGUGAUCUCUUAUGGUUUUGUUCUGUUGCUGAGGAGGCAAGCUACAGUGUUCGACCUGGAACAGCAUUCAGAACAAAGGGUGCUGUAGCAGUGGCUUUUAUGUUGUUUGGCACAUCAUAUUUGUUCAUUACUUCACACCUUACAGCACAUAUGGAGAAGGUCAAGGAAAGAAUUCAGGAUAUCAAGAAAAUUGUGCGUUCAUUAGAUCUUCCAAAAAUUCUGCCGAUUCGUCACAAGAGUAAAGACGUAACACAGAAUUUUGAUUAUGUGUUCUGGUCUGGGGAUUUGAACUUCAGACUUUCUCAGCCCCGUGAUGAAGUUUUGCAGUGGGUAUCAGAGCAAGAAUUCCCCUUGCCCUUGCCACAUAGUUUACACAGUGAUCAGUUGAAAGCCAUUAUUGCCGAAGGAAGUGUCUUCCGAGAUUUUGAAGAAGGUCCUAUAACAUUCCCACCAACGUAUAAGUAUGAUCCGGGAACGCAGAUGUUUGACAGUUCGCACAAACAGCGCACACCAGCAUACACAGAUCGCAUCUUAUACAAAUGUCGAAGUGGUCGUGGCGUUCUGCAGUGCUUGCUGUAUUCAUCAGCUCCAUCCAUCUGCACUUCAGAUCACAAGCCAGUGUGGGGCCUCUACAGCAGUGCUGUGCGACCUGGGAUUGACACUAUUCCUUUGGCAGCAGGCCUCUUCAAUCGUGAUGUGUACCUUGAAGGCAUCAAGCGACGUGCUGCUGCAUUGGAUAGAAGCCAAGGAACCUCGGCUAUUUGUAGUAUGCAAUGAGGAAUAUAUUUAUAAGGCAUAUGAUGAUAUUUACAAAAUCUGAAUCAUCAGUUUUAUUUUUACUUCUUUUUAUCAAUUUUUGAAUUGUGAAUUUGGUCUGUUUUUAGUUUUUUUGUAAUGAGAACUGGAUGUCAACUUGAUUCCCAGAACUACAUAACAUGCUGAACGAUUGCUGAGUGACCUUCAGUAUUAUUAGGAUCCAAAUCUACAACUUUUGUAAUCUGUUUGGAUAAAACUUGUUAAAAACAGGUUCUGUGUCGCAGUAUUAUGACAAACCAG